UUACGUGUAAGCUCCAUAUCGAGGCCUGUCGUUCCUUGUGCCACGUCGGCCAUUUUGACUGAGAUUCGCAGAGUUCUACCAUCAAAUUCAAAGGCAUUUCAGCUUGAUUUAUCGCAAAAAUGCCGCUUCGACUGGAUGUCAAGCGCAAGCUGUCUGCAAGAUCUGACCGUGUAAAGUCUGUUGAUAUCCAUCCUACUGAGCCAUGGAUGUUGGCUAGUUUGUAUAAUGGCAAUGUUCACAUCUGGAACUAUGAGUCACAGACGCUUAUCAAGUCAUUUGAGGUUACAGACUUGCCAGUCCGUGCUUCAAGGUUUGUUCCUAGAAAGAAUUGGGUUCUUACAGGCUCUGAUGACAUGAUGCUCAGAGUCUUUAACUACAACACACUAGAAAAGGUUCAUGGAUUUGAAGCUCAUUCAGAUUACCUGCGAUCCAUCGCUGUCCACCCACAGCAGCCUUAUGUACUAACAAGCAGCGAUGAUAUGUUGAUCAAGUUGUGGGACUGGGACAAGAAAUGGCAGUGCACCCAAGUGUUUGAGGGCCAUACCCACUACGUCAUGCAGAUUGUCAUCAACCCUAAGGACAACAACCAAUUUGCCAGUGCAUCUCUUGAUAGGACAAUCAAGGUGUGGCAGUUGGGAUCACAGACUCCCAAUUUCACAUUAGAGGGUCAUGAGAAGGGGGUGAACUGUGUUGACUACUUCCAUGGAGGAGAGAAACCCUACCUGAUAUCAGGAGCAGAUGACAGACUUGUCAAGAUCUGGGAUUACCAGAACAAAACCUGUGUUCAGACACUUGAAGGUCAUGCACAGAAUAUCUCCUGUGUGGGAUUCCACCCUGAACUGCCAAUCAUCCUGACUGGGUCAGAGGAUGGCACUGUUCGUGUUUGGCAUGCUAAUACCUAUCGCUUGGAAAGCACAUUGAACUAUGGCUUGGAGCGGGUGUGGUCAAUGUCUAUGAUGAAGGGAAGCAAUAACGUUGCCUUGGGGUAUGAUGAAGGCAGUAUGCUUAUCAAGCUUGGCAGGGAAGAGCCAGCAAUGUCCAUGGACAACAAUGGAAAAAUCAUUUUUGCCAAACACAGUGAAAUCCAGCAGGCAAACUUGAAAAAUCUCAAUGAUGCUGAUAUCAAGGAUGGGGAAAGGCUUUCUUUGGCUAUCAAGGACAUGGGCUCCUGUGAAAUUUUCCCACAGACUAUCUCUCACAACCCUAAUGGCAGGUUUGUGGUUGUGUGUGGGGAUGGUGAAUACAUCAUCUACACAGCUAUGGCUCUGAGGAACAAGAGCUUUGGCUCUGCACAGGAGUUUGUGUGGGCUUCAGACUCUUCAGAGUAUGGUGUCAGAGAUGGCAAUAAGAUUAAACUCUUCAAGAACUUCAAGGAGAGGAAAUCAUUCAAACCAGAGUUUGGAGCAGAGAAUAUAUUUGGUGGCCACCUGCUAGGCGUGCGAUCUGUUAGUGGUCUGACAUUCUAUGACUGGGAAUCCACAGAGUUGAUCAGGAGAAUAGAAAUCCAGCCAAAAACUGUAUUCUGGUCAGACAGUGGAGAACUGUGCUGCAUCUCUACAGAGGAAUCAUACUUCAUCCUGAAGUACAAGGCUGAUAAAGUUGCUGAGGCUCAGGAGACCAAGGAGGGUGUGACAGAGGAUGGGAUUGAAGAUGCCUUUGAUGUGCAAGGAGAAAUAGAGGAAAUUGUCAAGACUGGUGUCUGGGUGGGGGAUUGCUUCAUCUAUACCAACUCAGUGAACAGACUAAACUACUAUGUGGGCGGUGAGAUUGUAACCAUAGCACAUCUAGACAGACCAAUGUACUUGCUUGGCUACAUUCCCAAGGACAACAAGCUGUACCUAGCCGAUAAAGACAUGGGUGUGGUUAGCUAUUCGCUCCUACUCUCAGUACUGGAGUACCAGACUGCUGUGAUGCGACAGGACUUUGAGACUGCUAAACAGGUGCUUCCAACUAUCCCAAGAGAUCAAAGAAAUCGUGUUGCCCACUUCCUUGAGAAGCAAGGCUUCAAGCAGCAGGCACUGGCGGUGUCCUGUGACCCUGAGCACAGAUUUGAGCUGGCAAUACAGCUUGGAGAGCUGAGAACAGCUUAUGAGAUUGCCAUGGAAGCUGAAGUUGAACGCAAGUGGAAACAGUUGGCAGAACUAGCCAUCUCCAAGUGCCAAUUCCAGCUUGCCCAGGAGUGCCUUCACCAUGCACAGGACUUUGGCGGUCUGCUGUUGUUGGCCACCUCUUCCGGUGAUGCAGACAUGAUCACCAGGCUGGCGGUCACUGCUAAAGACAAGGGAAAAAACAAUGUGGCCUUCCUUGCCUACUUCAUGCUCGGAAGACUGGAGGAGUGUCUGGACUUGCUUUGUGAGACUGGGCGGUACCCUGAGGCAGCAUUCAUGGCCAGGACUUACGCUCCCAGUCACGUGUCAAGAAUAGUGAAGCUCUGGCGUGAAGACCUGGAGAAAGUCAAUAAGAAAGCCGCCGACUCUCUAGCUGACCCCUCUGAGUAUGAGAACCUCUUCCCAGAGUUCCAAGAGGCCGUCAUGGCAGAGAAGUUCCUGAAGCACGACAGGAUCAAGCUACGACCUGCAGCAGAAUACAAGCAUUUGCCGAAUAAUGCCGACCGUGAUGUGUUCGAGGAGAUGCGAGCAGCCAAAGAGAGUGGUACUCUGGACUCACUUAUUGAGCCAGCUGAGAACAUGAGAAUUGCCGACCUACCGGAUACUGCUAAUGAGAUAGAGCACGCACCUCCUACAACCGUCAUCAACCCGCCCCAGGCAAAACCCGUAGAACCAGAGCCGCUAGCUCCCAGGCCCUCCUCACCACAGACUCAACCAGCGCCAGCACCACCUGAACCAGCGGCUGCUCCUACGAGCUCUAACGACGUGCCAGACAGCAGUAAGGAGAAAGACGAGAAGCUCAAACUCCUGAUGUGCCUUAUGUUACAGGACGACGACGACGAUCUCGACUUCGACGACGCCGACGACAACUUAGCAGACGACGAUGAUUUUAAUUUCGACGACGAUGAACUAUUAGAUGAUGACGAUUUACUGAAUGAUUGACACCUCAAGGCUUCCACAGCCCUCUAUCAUCCGACUCGGGCAAUAAGUCACAUAGUACAGUCGCCUGGGUAUGGAACUUCGUUCACAGCAUCAAAUUCCCAAGCUACGGCGCAUAAUAGUCGCCAGCCCAAGACCUCAGAUAUAGUUCCUAUACUAGAACAUUACAAUUUAAUAGACUUGAAAUCAAAGUAAAUGCCAUAAAGCGGAUUAAAUAUCUCUUGUCUCA